CUCAGUCCUUCACAGCUCUAAAAUGAAAACGAACCUGUUUUGGAGAGAAGAAUGGGGGCAGCGUGAGCCAAGGAAGUAAUAAGCAGCCAACCACUGCUGAUUUGGAGGCAGUCCCAGAAGGGCAGCCUUCUGCAGUUACCAGGCAACAAGUGUAAACAACACAGGGUCAUGGCCACUAACUACAGUGCCAACCAGUAUGAAAAAGCUUUCUCACCGAAGUAUCUGCAGAACUGGUCUCCUGCCAAACCAACAAAAGAGAGAAUCUCUUUCCAUGAAGGCUACACUCAGAUUAUCGCCAAUGAUCGUGGUCAUCUGUUGCCUUCUGUGCCCCGUUCCAAGGCAAGUCCUUGGGGUUCCUUCAUGGGCACCUGGCAAAUGCCUCUGAAGGUACCCCCUGCUCGGGUGACCUUGACCUCCCGUACAGCUGCUGGUGCUGCCUCCCUCACCAAAUGGAUACAGAAAAAUCCUGAUUUACUCAAGGCCUCUAAUGGACUUCGUCCUGAAAUCUUAGGCAAGCCCCAUAAUCCAGACAGUCGGAAGGCACUCAGGAAGGAGUCUAUCACGAAGACUGUACAGCAAGCACCAAGUCCAACCAUAAUUCCAAGAUCCCCAGCUUCCAAUGGCAAUUCCCCAGAUCAAACCCAAAGCUCACACCCCUCUGCAGGUCACACUCCAGGUCCCCAAAGCCCAACCAACUCUCCUAAGAGCCUACAUGGAAGCCCAUGUGUGUCGUAGAACAGUGAGCAGGUCCUAAUCUAGCUGAGAUCCAGAAAUGCACACCUGAAACUUCAGAGGGGAUCAAGGGGCCACACUGAGAAAAAUCUGUCUUAGAGAUUGAGUGAAAUAAAUAAGACUCCCUGGUCAGAAAUGCGGAACAGAAAAAUUAUGGGAUAAGAGUAAAGGUAAAUUUGGACAAUAAACAUUGUUGAAUCUUUUA